AAGAAAAUAACAAAUCGACGUAGGUGUGUGUGUGUGUCUUAGAAGACGCGAGAAACCCAGCAAAAUGGCGUGGAAAUGGCUGGUGCGAAGAACUCGCGAAUCUAAACCUUUCUUCUUUGCAUUCGCUACCAUAUGCGGCAUCGUUCCCGGAGUUAUUGGUUUCGGCGUCAUGACGGCCACCAAUACCCGCAGCGAUCAACUCGAAUCCAAACUCCGUUCUAAGGCUCGCCCUGAAUCACUGAUGAUGGGUCAAGUGAAUAAAGAGAGACUGGCAGAAUACCUCGGAGAGCUGCAGCGAAAGGAGAAUACCAAUGACCGCUAUGUUGCUGCUCUAAGAGGAGAAACUUUAACAAGAAAACCAUACGUGAGAAUUCAACCAAUUCCAGAGCAAGCAGCAAAGGAGCAGACAAAUUGAAUAAGUUGCUGAUCUCUAGUUAUUGUGAAUAUAUGUUCUUUUAAGUUCAAUAUCAACGCAAUGCUAUUUUUUCGUUUUAUAUCUCUCUUUUUAUCCCUGAACGCAUUUAUUUAAGCAAUCCUGUUCAUGGGGAGCAGGUAGCAGGAGUGGUUCGAUGAAAAUUGAGUGCUCAUGGUUCCAUCCAGACAUCUACUAGUUAUAUUUCAUGUCAAUUUUUCAUAAAAGAGCUCUAGUAUCCUCUUUGAAAUUCAAACUUUUUAUAGGAUUUAUGCUUUUGUACUGAACUGUUUUUAUUAUUGUUUUCUUCACGAAUAAGCCUUUUGUUUUGCUUAAUUUGAAUUUAUGAGUGUAACUGUUGUACUUGCACUGGCCUGAAAUAAAACAGUAGAUUUACAUAUAAUAAGGCAAAUGGCAUAGGUGUUAUAGCA